AAACGGGCUCCUCCCCUUUCCCCAGUCCCACUCCCCACACCCCCGCCAUGGCUCCUGCUCUGGUCUUGGUCCCUGCCGCUUUUGCGUCUUUCAUUCUGGCCUUUGGCACUGGAGUGGAAUUUGUUUGCUUCACAUCUUUGCAACCACUGCUCGGGGGCAGUCAGAAGUUGGAUAGAGAUACUCGACAGGAAUGGCUGAUUGCCCUGCAGGAUCCUCGCAUCCUGGCAGCUCUAGCUUGGGACCUGGGGCUGGUGCUGCUAUUCGUGGGGCAGCAUAGUCUUAUGGCAGCAGACCCUGUGAAGACAUGGAUGGCCCAGCACUUCGGGGUCCUGCAGAGGUCACUCUAUGUGGCCUGCACUGCCCUGGCUCUGCAGGUGGUGAUGCGUUAUUGGGAGCCAGUGCCAGAGGGUCCAGUCCUCUGGGAAGCACAAUCAGAGCCCUGGGUGACCUGGGUACCUCUUCUCUGUUUCGUGCUGCACAUCAUAGCUUGGCUCCUUAUUUUUAGUAUCCUCUUGGUUUUUGACUAUCCUGAGCUCAUGGGCCUCAAACAGUUUUCUUGUCCCACUGGGACCAUGGCUACUGUCCCAGAUUGGAAGCAACAACUACUAGCCAAGCGAAGACAAGAGGAGGCUGCUGUUCGAGGCCGGGAGCAAGCUGAGAAGGAUCGACUGUUGCAGAUGCCAGCCUGGAAACGAGGGCUGUUGGAGAGACGCCGUGCCAAGCUAGGAAUGCCAGUUGGGGAACCAGGUCCUGGGAAUGAGGCUAUAGAGACAGUACUUUCUGAACCUGAUGAACCUGUUGUCCUUCUGGAGGCCAUUGGACCUGUCCACCAGAAUCGCUUUAUCCGACAAGAGCGCCAAGAGCGGAAGCAACAGCAACAGCAGCAGCAUCAGAGUGCCGAAGAGCAGCUCACUGAUCGGAGGCCACCUGAGUGUCGAGGACAUAUAUCAGGGGGAGUGGAAGUCCGAGAACAGAGACUCAGCACAGCAGAGGCUCAGGAACAGAGUCUGGUAGGAAGACAGUCUCAAGAGCAGAGGCUGAACCUGAGGAAGCCUGUAGAUAGGAGGCUGGGGGUAGCAGAAGUUCAAGAGCAGAGUUUUAGGCCUGCAGAGGCUUUGGAAUGGAGUUUAAGUCCUAGGGAAAGUGAGGAGAGGAGCUCGGUACUAUCUGAAUCACAAAAAUGGAAGAAGAGCCCUGGGGAGGGUCGAGAACGAAAUGUGAAUCCAGUAGAACCUCAAGAACAGACUUCUGGGGGGUCUGAAGUGGGAGAAUGUAGGUUAAGCUAUGGAGACCAUGGAGAACAGAGGCUGGGGAUGACAGAGAUACAUAAAUGGAGGUUGAAUUGCGAAGAAGUUCAUGGACAGAGUCUAGAGCUAUUGGAGACUCGAGAAUGGAGGUUAAACUCCAGAGAAGAAAGCAAAGGGAGAUUGGGGGAAUCCAGGACAGAACAGAGACUAAUGCAGAAGAAAUCCAAGGAAAAUUCAGGACUUUUAGAGACACAAAGGUGUAGGUUAAGUCCUGGUGAGUUUCAGGAUCGAACCCCAGGAAUGAUGGAGGCAGCAGAAAUGAGGUUGAAUCCAAUAGAGAAUGUAGAGAAGAGCUCUCAACAGAUGGAAAUACGGAAAUGGAGACUGAAUUCUGGGAAGACUCGAGAGUGGAGCCUUGAGAGAUCAGAAGCUCCAGGGCAGAAGAUGGUGCAUUCAGACUCUGGAGAUCAGAAGUUGCCCUUGCCUGGGAGAGAAGCUAAAGAAGGGAGGAUAGGGGCUGCUGUGGAGGAAGCUGGGGUUGGAAACAGGAUGGUGAGCUCCCAUAGAAGUCACUAUUCUGUAACCUCUCCCCUCCCACCCAAGGAAGUUGGGACCAAAGGUUUAGGGCCUCAGGAAGAGGAAGCAGCAGAACCUCAGCCCCCACCGGCAGUAUCUCCCCAACCUUCUACCCCACCAACUCCUCAGCCCCCAGGGGAUCUGCUCAUGAGUCGCCUGUUCUAUGGGGUGAAACCUGGGCCUGGGGUAGGGACUCCCCGCCGCAGUGGACACACCUUCACAGUUAACCCACGAAGGUCUGGGCCCUCUGGAGCCCCUGCCCCACCUGAACCCCAGAUCUCUGGCCCUGGGAAGAAGCGGUACCCCACUGCUGAGGAAAUACUGGUGCUUGGGGGCUACCUCCGACUCAGCCGAAGCUGCCUUGCCAAGGGGUCCCCUGAGAGACACCACAAACAGCUCAAAAUUUCUUUUAAUGAGUCAGCCCUGGAAACCACUUAUCAGUACCCUUCUGAGAGUUCUGUGCUGGAAGAGUUGGGCCCUGAGCCUGAGGCCCCCAGUACUCCUGAUCCCUCCCCAUCCCUGCCAGAUGAAGAGGAUGAUGAAGAGGAAUUGCUGCUACUGCAAAGGGAAUUACAGGGAGGACUGCAGACCAAGGCUUUGCUAGUAGAUGAGUCCUGCCGCCGGUGACCUUUCCAACAGGGAGGGCAGAGCUUCUCACUCCUGAGCGUUGAAGAUCAAUCUUUCAUCCUUCUUUGAAGUUGCUGUGCUGACAAAUGCCAUAAAAUGAACUGUCAGGAAGGAGAAAUCCCACGCACUUCCUUCUCUACUUCACUUUCCUGAUGCUGUGUCAGGGGACGAGCCCACCUCUGCCCUCCCACUCAUUAUCACAGAUUCAGACAUUUGUUCAAUGUGUCCUAGACAUUUUCAGUGAAAGGAGAGGGCCUUGGCUUAGUGUCUCCUGUGAACCAAAGAACCCAAACUCCCUAUAGAAGGGGGCAAAGCCUACUAAGUAAUGAAUGGUAGAACUUUCUAUCACUGUCCCUUGCUAAUAACUCUACCCUGCCAACAAGCCAACCCACCCCCAGGUUAGUUAAGUGCAGGCUACCCUGCCUUGUGAAGUCUGGUCCUCAAUUCCCUCUUUUUGUUUACAGGUGCAUCUAUCUCCUCUAUAGAUGUACUACUUUUCUCUUUUGGGUUUCCACCCACUUAUGUUUACAGAUUCCAUUUUCCCAAGCUCACUCAGCCAAAGUACCAGGUUUGCAAACCAUGCCUAUCUAUAUAUGCCAACCUAACUAUAACCAUAGUUCAGCCAGUGAGCAGUCCUCUCAUUUGCCUUGUACUGUUUGGAGCUUGGCUUUCUUCUUGAAUGUCUAGCCUCCCUAUCCUUGCCUUGUUCAGUAUUAUUUUGAUCAGGGUGACCUCAAUCCUUUCCUCCUUUGUAGUUAAUUUUUGUAUUUCUUCCAGUGACUCAGAAUUAAAUUGAAGACACAGGAGGGUCCUAAUGAGGUCCUACUUCAAAUUUCUUUGUUGUCUUUUUUUUUAUUUUUCCAUAAUAAAAAGGAAGCCUCUUUGGCUACCUUUCA